AUGACCGUCGUCUGGACAGUGGCCCCCGACGCUCAGCUCUAUGCUGAUGCUCCAUCACGGUUGUGGGUUUGGUGGCACAGCGUCGUGGCGUGUUCGCACGCGGUAUCCGAUCCGUACGUACUGCUGUUUACGAAGCGCACGGAGGCUGCGCGGCAAAACCACAUGGCAAUAACGUCGGAGGGGUUUUGCCAUGUCGCUGCGACCCCCUUUGCCCACAAAUUGAAGUUGGCCGUCGACGACAACAAGAACAAGAACAAGUGCCGCAAUGACUUGCGCUAG